CGAUAGUAGUUUUAAUUUAUUUUAUUUUUACAGCUGAAUCACGACAGGAAUGGCACGUAAUAAGAAACCUAGGCGAAGCGGUAAUGCGCUGAAAACGCCUCGGAAGAUGGCCGGACGCACCUCGAGGCUGACGAAACCGAAACUGCAGGAAAUUGGACCGAUCAGCGAGCGGAAAAGGAAGAUGCGUGUGAAAGCCAAAGAGCUUAGGAGGAUGAAUCUGCUCCGCGAACGAAUGAAGCUGGACAAGAAAAUACACGAGAAAUUCCAAAGGUCUCCGGUGCGGAAAAUGAUCCUAUAUCCGCCGAUUCCUCCUCCUCCAGCGCCCGGCACGGUGGCAUCGUCAUCGUCCCUCGCUCCGUCCAGGCCAAGACCGUCUCCCCGAAGGCGACGAAACACCAAACGACCAUUGAAACCCGCAAACAGCGGUGAUACGAUUGUGAUCGAUUCCGAAGACGACGUCGCCACUUUCCAACAACAGCAUCCACUGUUUUACGUCGACACGACCGGUGGGUUCAACGAUAAGGAAGUUCCUCGCUAUGCCAAGGGCUCAGGCGCACCGAAGUCGGAAGAUCCGAGCGUGAUGGUUGUCGAGGAGAGCAUACUCGAAGACGGUGAGAUUACGGAUGAUGACGGGGACGAUGAGGAUAAGAAGGAGAAAGGUGAUGCUUUGAACAAAAAUUUAAACAAUGAAGAAAUUCCUAUUUUUGAUGAUGAAGAUGAUGACGAUGUGGUGGAUUGUGAGAAUUCGACUGUGCCGAAACCGAAGCAAAUCGAAGAUCAGUCGGUUAUAUUUUGUUCGGAGGUAAUUGAUUUAGAUCGAGAAGAAUCACGCAAGGAGACAGAGCCGCUGGAUUUCAUCCCGGUUUGGUUCGAUCUAGAGGGAGUUGGUGCUAGGGGCAAAUCCAAACGAUCUCCGAGGAAGAAAAUAUUCAAGGGCUUGGAGAAGAAGAAGAAGGAGCAAACGGCAGCAGAGAGCCCACAAGACAAAUCUGAUGAAAACUUAGCGGAGGCAGGGGAAAGUAGUGGCAUGAAGAAACGGUUCGUGGUAAUCGAUGGAAACAAUGUAGCGUUUGCGCAUACUUUUGGACAGGCAUUCUCAGUCAAAGGAUUGGACAUUUGCAUACAAUAUUUCAAAAAGAUGGGCCAUGAGGUCAAGGCUGUUGUGCCACAAUUCAGACUGAAAAAGGAAAAAUCCACCGAUCAAAAGCUGCUGGAAGAACUGUACAAAAAAGGCGAUAUCCUGCUAGCACCGAGUAAAAACCUCCCCGGUCAGAAGUCAUCCUCGUACGACGAUCGGUUGAUCAUAUCCGUGGCAGAAAAGUUUGACGGAGUGAUCAUUUCCAACGACAACUUCCGGGACCUUCUGGCGAUAAAUGAUUCGUGGAAAAAGAUCAUCGAAACUCGAGUAGCUGGCUAUACGUGGGCGAUGGAUGCAUUCUUCCUGCCCGACGAUCCCUACGGUCGCAAAGGUCCGAGUUUAACGGAAAUGCUGCAAGUGAAACCUACAGCCCCAUCAGCCAGCUCCGAUGCCAACGCCAAAGAGAAGUAAGCCAUCUCAAUAAUUUAACUUUGCAUUCUUAAGUUCUUAAGAUGCGUUCUAAGUUUUCUUAUAAAAGUUGUUGAUAUUUAUUAUUAAAUACUAUUAGUUAUGUAC